AUGGGUGCAGACAAUGCAAGGCCAGAAGAGUCAAGGUCAGCCCCUCUAUCCAACUUGCACUGCGAUGAAACGAGCCCACAAUGUCAGCGCUGUGUGAAGAGACAGAUUACCUGCUCGUUCCUCGACGAAGGCCCGGAGCGGCUCUCUACUCCAUCGGGAAACAUUCUGGUCUUUGACAGGAGGAUAACCAAAACUCUCGACUAUCCGCCUCUCCCAGGUUUAGAUUCAGACCCCGAUCAGCUGCCUCAUGGAUCGACUCCCAUCUCGAGACCGCAGUCGGGUGUCGUGGCAGGGGAAGAAGGCUCGCUGGGAGGCAAACAGUUCGACUUGUUGGACCUCGAACUAAUCCAGCACUACUCGACUCGGACAUACAUGACCAUGUCUUCGAGACUUUCCACCCAUGUCGUAUGGCGCGACACCAUCUUCGCAGAGGCUUUGCGCCACGAUUUUCUCCUCCAUGGCCUGAUGGCCACCUCGGCGCUGCACAAAGCAACCAUGCAGCCAAAAACCUCGGACGCAUACGCCGAGUAUUCGAAAGUGGCGUUGGCCCAUCAGAACGCCGCGCUCGCCGGCUAUAUACCCGCGGUGAGCAAGCCCACCCAAGACAACGGCAUUGCGCUCUUUUCGGUUUCCCUCCUCCUCACAGUUUGGGCAUUUGCUUCGAAGAGGCUGCCGGAGGGCUUGAACAGUGUCAAGCUAGAGUUUGAUCAAGGAGAUGGGUCCCCAGGGAUCACGUUGCCCCUACACUCGCCCACCGCCGAUUUCAUUGAGAUCAUCAUGAUCCUGAGGGGAAUCCACGCUGUGAUUCGCGAGACGGACAGCUGGCUCCAAGGCGAUAUCGAAGAACUGUUACGGUAUCCCCGGGAUGCUGACCUGCCUCCUCACUCUGCCGACGUGGUGGAAGCCUUUGAGGUGCUUGCCAGAGCCAUCGACGAUCCCCACCUGACGCCGCUCCUGGAACAUGAGGGCUCCAACAGCACGAAAUCUCUUUGUCUUGAACAACUGGAACGGCUGCGUACCAUCUCUCGCUGCCGCUCUGUGGUCGAAUGGGAUGGACACAUCUUUUCUUGGUUGAUCAUGGCACCACUGCCAUUUAUUCAUUGCUUGAAGCAAGGCAAUCCCAUGGCCCUGGCUCUCUUCGCUCACUGGGCCGCCAUAUUUCAGUGUAUGGAUCAUCACUGGUGGGCUACAGGCUGGGCGUACAGUUUGGUGGCCGAGGUUUCGAGUCUUCUGGACCCUAUCUGGGGGCCGUAUCUGGACUGGCCUAGAAAACAGGUCGGGCUCGCUUUCCAGGAAGGCGCAACAUUUGAUGGCCACAGGUGA